GGGAAGCAAACACUCUUCUCCUCUUCACUUUCUGAGCUCUUCUGCGUCAAACAAACCAUGAAGUCUCCUGGAAAGUCCCUGAGAGAAGCUCUUGUCUGUGCUCAGAGUGAGGACCGGCUCACCGUUGGGGUCUACGAGAGUGCUAAGAUCAUGACAGAAGACCCAGACAGCGUGUCCUUCUGCGUCCUGGCCACGGACGAGCAGUUUGAGUGGGACAUCGCUCUGCAGAUCCACUUCACCCUCAUCCAGUCCUUCUGCUUCGACAACGACAUCAGCAUCGUCAGAGUCAGCGACAUGCAGCGUCUGGCCGACAUAGUCGGAGACAAGGCCGAGCAGCUGGAAGACGCGCACUGCGUCCUCAUUACGAACCCAGAUGAUGGGUCUUGGGAGGACCCCACUCUGGAGAAGCUGCACCUGUUCUGUGAGGAGAGCCGGCGCCUGAACGACUGGGUCCCUGAGAUCAGCCUCCCAGAGCGCUGAGCCGGACUCUGCUCCUCACCUGCUCGAUUCCUACCUGGAAAUACUCAUCCUGAUGACCAGGAUGAUCUUGUUUCUGGCUCAUCCCUGGAUGCUCCUGAGGAGGAUUCCCCAUCCAGGCUGCACGGCGCCGGCCCCCCGAACCGAGGGGGGCCACCGCGCCGCGUCACCGUCGGCCCCCUGCACCGGUCCACGCCAAGAUGACUCUCAUUCUUUCUGUGAACGAGGUCGGGCGUGCGGCAGGGGGCGACACAACGUCGACCCUCAUUCUUUGUGCGGAUGAGGUUUGGAGAGGAAGGAGAAGCGAGUUCUGCAUCCUGUGGUCCCACAGAGCAAAUGUCGCCACGUAGAAGCACGCGCAGCAGGAGAAGAAGCGGUGCUGAGGAAGGAGAGGCCAUCUUGGAAAGAGACUUUUCACAGAUGUUCCUCUUCAGCUGAGCAACAUGACAGCAGUUGCAGUCAGCGGAAAUGUUUCCCACUUUCCAGAAUUGUCUUAAUUCUCUAAAGGUUUCACUUUAGAAAUUUAACAAUGACAAAAAUUACUCUUUAAUAUUUUCUUUUGUUAAAGUCUUUUAUCUAAAGGUUUCACUUUAGAAAACGACUUCAUUAAAUUAUUGAUAAAAUUAUAUGAAAAAAAAAUUCUGGAUGAAGAUAGAAGAAAAAAAAAA